ACGGAGGGUGGCUGCGCAUGCGUGUUGAGCGCGGCGCUGUUGUCGCAGGCGAUGUACGUUCUCCUCUGCGCAGGCGCAGCGGUGCUGUGUCUUGCGGCGGCUGUAGUGGCUGAGGGGUGGGUGUCGGGUCUCGGCUGCCGGGCAGUGGGGCUGUUGGAGGUGCGGCCAUGGCGAUGCCAAUGUCGUUGGGCGAAGGUGGCGGGAGCCGGCUGCGGCGGCAGCUGGAGUCCGGGGGCUUCGUGGCUGCUGAGUACGUGAAGCAGCUGUCGCAGCAGUCGGACGGGGACCGGGACCUGCAGGAGCACCGGCAGCGCAUCCAGGCGCUGAGCGAAGAGACGGCCCAGAGCUUGAAGCGCAACGUGUACCAAAACUACCGGCAGUUCAUCGAGACGGCGCGGGAGAUCAGCUACCUGGAGAGCGAGAUGUACCAGCUCAGCCACAUCCUUACCGAGCAGAAGGGCAUCAUGGAGGCCGUCACCCAGGCCCUGCUCCUUCAGGCCGACCGCGACGACCCCGAGCUGGGCUCCCGUCGCGCUGCUACCACCGACCCAUUCCUGCCCCUGUCGGCCAAGGAGGCAGCAGCCAACGAGGAGGGGCGGCAGCGGACUCUCACCACCCUCCUGGAGAAGGUGGAGGGCUACCGCGACCUCCUGCCCGAGAGCCCCAGCAAGUACCUAGUCUACAACGGUGACCUGGUGGAGUACGAUGCUGACCACAUGGCACAGAUCCAGCGGGUGCACGCCUUCCUCAUGAAUGACUGCCUGCUCGUGGCCACCGCGCUGCCCAACCGCCGCGGUGCCUACCGCUACGUUGCUCUCUACUCCCUCGAUGGACUGGCUGUGGUCAACGUCAAGGACAACCCUCCCAUGAAGGAUAUGUUCAAACUGCUCAUGUUCCCAGAGAGCCGCAUCUUUCAGGCUGAGAAUGCCAAGAUCAAGAAGGAGUGGCUGGAGGUGCUAGAGGAGACCAAACGCAACCGGGCCCUCAGUGAGAAGCAACGCCUGGAGCAGGAGGCCCUGCCCCGGCCUGCUCCAGCACCUCCUGAAUCCACCAACCCCUUCGAGGAGGAGGAAGAGGAGGAAGAGCCUUCUGCUGAGGAGGAGGUGGUUGAUCUCUCACUUGAGUGGAUCCAGGAGCUGCCUGAGGACUUGGAUGUCUGCAUUGCUCAGAGGGACUUCGAGGGGGCAGUGGACCUCUUAGAUAAACUCAACGAGUACCUGCGGGACAAGCCUGUGAGCCAGCCCGUGAAGGAGCUGCGGGUCAAGGUGGAUGAGCGGGUCCGGCAGCUUACAGAUGUGCUGGUGUUCGAGCUGUCUCCAGACCGCUCUCUGCGGGGAGGGCCACGGGCCACCCGCCGAGCUGUGUCCCAGCUCAUUCGCUUGGGCCAGUCCACCAAGGCAUGCGAGCUCUUCUUGAAGAACCGGGCAGCCGCGGUGCAGACAGCCAUCCGACAGCUGCGCAUCGAGGGUGCCACGCUGCUCUACAUCCACAAGCUCUGCCAUGUCUUCUUCACCAGCCUUCUGGAGACAGCAAGAGAGUUUGAGACGGACUUUGCUGGCAACAAUGGCUGCUACUCGGCUUUCGUGGUCUGGGCCCGCUCUUCCAUGAAAAUGUUUGUAGAUGCUUUCAGUAAGCAAGUGUUCGAUAGUAAAGAGAGUUUGUCAACUGCAGCAGAGUGCGUCAAGGUAGCUAAGGAGCACUGCAAGCAGCUUAGUGAGAUUGGACUGGACCUCACCUUCAUCAUUCAUGCUCUUCUGGUAAAGGAUAUCAAAGGUGCGUUACAAAGCUACAAGGAUAUCAUCAUCGAGGCCACCAAGCACCGCAACUCUGAGGAGAUGUGGAGAAGAAUGAACCUAAUGACUCCAGAGGCAUUGGGGAAACUCAGGGAGGAGAUGAGGAGCUGUGGGGUGGGCAAUUUUGACCAGUACACGGGUGAUGACUGCUGGGUCAACCUGAGCUAUACUGUAGUAGCUUUCACUAAGCAGACUAUGGCCUUCUUGGAGGAAGCGUUAAAGCUUUACUUCCCAGAGCUGCAUAUGGUCCUUUUGGAGAGUCUCGUAGAAAUCAUCUUGGUGGCUGUCCAGCAUGUUGAUUACAGUUUACGGUGUGAACAGGAUCCUGAGAAAAAAGCAUUCAUUAGGCAAAAUGCAUCUUUCCUGUAUGAAACUGUCCUUCCUGUUGUGGAAAAAAGAUUUGAGGAAGGAGUUGGAAAGCCGGCCAAGCAGCUACAGGAUCUGAGAAAUGCUUCAAGGUUGAUGCGUGUAAACCCGGAAAGUACCACCUCUGUGGUGUGAAGUGACCUAGCUGUUCUUACGAACAGCCUGAAAGCACUUGCUGAAAAUGUACAUUGGAUACAUGAACUAAAUGGGUUUUCUGAGUCCCUGCAAAAUGCAGAAGUCCAACUGCUACAUUCCAGAAGCUGAAGACUUACAAUCAAAGCCUGAGAGGAUGCAACACUUUACGUGGUGGAUGGGAAUUAGGGGAGUGAGAAGUAAGGUUAAGGUCCCAUGUCCUUGGACAGCAUAUACUGUAAUAAUGGCUUAUGUAGUGUUUGUGACUUGAGAAACACUGCAGUAUACAAUUUUUGGCCAAAUAUUUGUGAAAGUCUUAAAUAUAUGUACACCACAUGGCAGGAAAAUAUCACUUAUCACAUCACUGUAGGAAUUCUUUUUUAAGGCAGGGUUCUGGUAGGAGGGGAAGUGCUGAAACGUUCCCAGGGUGUGAGACACAUCCACCAUCCAGAUGUGACUCAGCACUGCAGAUAAACAAUAUGAAUUUGCACAGUCUGAUUUGUUUGGUAGCAAUACAAACUCUUCAGUUUUUUUCCAACAUUCAGAUUCUUUUAAUUCAUUUCAGAGGCAGAUCUAAAUUAAAAAAUGUGAGGGGGUUUAAGGUUUUUGUGUUUGGAUGAAGGGGCUGCUUCUAUUUAAUAAGCUUGCCUGUCAGCUUCAAUUGCAGCUGUCUGAAAACAAACCUGCUGUCAGGAGCAUUUGUUCCCUUCAGAGAAAAAGUGAGAAUAACUCUUUUCCCUCCCCUUUGUGUUUCCCUUCCUUGUUUUUUCGUGGACUUAAUUGGGGUCGAGUCAGUUUGGUUAAGUGUGCACUCUUGCUUGAGGUACUGUCAUAAAUGCAUGACAGGCCAUUGCCUACUGGUAGAAACCACAGUGAAGAAGUGUAAAUGCUCUUGAGAUGUGGAGGGCAGGGAGAAGGUCUGAAGGUACCGUUUCAUUUGGGAGAAACAGCAUGCUGGUUCUGCUGUAUGGAGGCAGCACAGAAUGAAGAGUGAGUGUGAAGCUUUUUUUUAAAGGAUGUGAUCUGCAAAAUACACACUCUGUCCCUCCUGCAAAUAUUAGUAUUGUUUUCUGUAGUACAGCAAUAACCUAGAAGCACUAUCUUUUUUUCUGCAGAAAACCCAGGGACUGUGUUUGGUUGGGAGCACUACUGUAGAUGGGGGAAUUUUAUGCAAAUGAUUGUAUGUUUGGAUUGAAUGGUGAUGUCUGUCUCAUUCAGUGUAUGUCUCUGAAAAUAAAAUAAGCCAAGUCUUGUAUAAAGGCUGGCUUUAGAAAGCUGUCAGCAUCAUGUUCUGAGCUGUGUAAACUUCUUCCCCUUUAGUGAAGACUUUCUUAGCUUAGUGAGAAAAUCAUGUUGCAGCUAAGUAACCUUGUAUUAGACUCUCAGUAAGUGUUCUUAAUUGGAAUCAUUGAGUAUCCUAUACCUGUUAUGCUUUCGGAUGAAAGAUUUUGCAAUUUGUAUCAGCAUAAUGAAUGCCUCGUGACUGUCGGAACAAAAAAGGUAUUGCUAGUAAAACAUUCUGCGUAACUCCUCAUAUUAGAGCUACUUUCCUCCCCGUUUUCAUGGUGCUAGUUCAUUGCACUUUUUACUUCGGUGGCUAGUUUUCAUUCUGUUGCUGUUUGAAUGCCUUUUGAACUGUCAGGUUUUGCCAAGUGUACUAUUGUCUGUGCUCACUUGCUUUCCACUGUUUGGGCUUUUUGCUAGCAUAUCCUGGGAGAAAAAUGGUUUUAAAGGGUAACUUACUGCUCUUGCUAAAACUGAAAACCACUGAAAUAGCUAUAGUUUUAUUUUAAGGGACUGAGACAGUGAGAGUUAGAACUUGUGUGAUAUUAAUGUCCAAGAGAGAGCCACACAGGUGUUUUUCACUAAUGAACUGGUUUUGAUACCAAAUCCUAAGGAAAUAUAUCAAAGUAAUAUAUUCUUUCUCAUUUGCUUGAAGUGGGCAGAGGUAACAACAUUACUUAAUCUGAGAAAUACUUUCAAGUGGAUUUUAAGUGAGAGCUCUACAUGAUGAUGCGUAUUUUGGAAGAGAGGGGGAAGCAAGGGCUUUUUUCUCUGAAGACAGAUAUAUUUUAUUGUUUUCUUUGCAGCAGAAGAAAGCAGAAUUAAUACAGAUGAAUUGUUUUGGUUUUGUGUUGGGAUUUUUUCCUGUGAAAGAGAAAGGUAAGCUGUGGAACUGCUGCUCAAGACUGAUUAUUGUGAUACUUGAGAAUUUUGUGUAAGAAGCUGAAUUGUAGUUUCAGGAUUCCCAGCUCUGGAGUAAUAUUGAAUAGGAGGAGAGCCCUGUUCAUGCAUCCAUUGCAAGUUGUUGUAGCACAUAUUGUCCUCAUCAGAGGAUGGAAGGUAGAAUUUAAUUCUGCCAUGUGUUCUGUUAUGCCUCAGUCACCGCUCCCAUUAUCAAUCUAUUUACAGCACACAGGGCCUACUGAUUUUGUCUCUGCUGUCAUCCAUGGAUCAGUGAGCUUACGUGGAUGUUGGUUUUAAUGUAUCAGAGAAUCUGGCGUUUCCUCUGGGUGAUCAAAUAUCAUGUUCAUGUGCCUGGCACAAUCCAAAUAUGUGUGUAGAUUUGUAUAAACCACUGUAGGUAGCAUUGAUACUUUGUAACUUGUGAAUCAAUUCAAAUUGUAAUAAAAGAAAAUCAGGAACUUAAGGAAAAUUGUGUGCAAUUACAUUAAGCACUUUGUAUGUUAAUUCAGUUAACAAAAAAGUUAAUGUAUGCAGAGAAUCAUGGUUUAAUAAAUAUCAGAUUUGAAGACAG